AUGCUCAGGCACCGGCUGCACCCAGAGCGCGCUGGUGGUGGCCGUGCGUGCCCCGGCGCUGCUCCUGCCCUCCUCCUCCUCCUCCACGGCACAGGCGACACCGAGGAGGGCCUGCUUCCUCUAGCGACGCUGGCGCCGGAGGGCACAGUCGUCGCCUCGCUGCGCGCCCCGCUCCGCGCACCGUAUGGUGGCUAUCGCUGGUUCGAGGGGUACAGCUCCGCGCCCGAGCCGCGGGCGCUGGAGAGCAGCAUCGCCGCCGCGACCGACAUGCUCUUUGACUUCAUCGAAGCGGCGCCAGAGGCGCUCGGGACAGACCCGGCGCGCGUGUAUUUGCUCGGCUGGUCGCAGGGCGCCACGAUCGCGUGGUCCGCGCUGCUGAGCAAGUGGCCGCGGCCCUCCUUCAUCGCCGGAGCGCUCGCGCUCUCCGGCCGGCUGAUGCCCGAGCUGCUGCAGCCGAGCACACCGCUGGGGCAGAGGGCGGCGCCGCGGGAGCAGCUGCGCGGCGUGCCGGUGCUGGCCACGCACGGAGGGCAGGACAUGGUGACGCCCGUCUCGUAUGGCCAGGCUAACGCGCGCCUGUUUGCCGACUGGCAGCGGGGCGGCGAGGGGAAGGGGGAGGGGUCGCUGUCGUUCCACGAGCUGCCUCACGACGGCCACCAGUUCUCGCGCAAGUGCCAGGAGCUCGCGCACGACUUCCUUUCUCAGCACCUCGCUUGA